AUGGCGCUCCCUUCACCAUUGCGGCAAAGGAAGCUGACUUGGAUUGUUGAAAUAGGCGAAAUUCCUCCAUAUCGGACGGGACCGUACGAAGUGCAUUUAAAUCAUAGCAAAAAUGAAAGAGAAGACGUACAAAAGAAAACGUUCGCGAAAUGGAUCAACUCGCAGCUAGCUAAGCACGGUAAACCCUUGGUUGAAGACUUAUUCCAAGAUCUGCGCGAUGGCGAGGUGUUGCUGUCCCUAUUGGAAAUACUCACCGAUCAACAUUUAAAACGAGAGCGCGGGCGCAUGCGUGUCCACCAGCUCAACAAUGUAAACUGCGCGUUGCGGGCUCUCGCCUCGGCAGGAGUUCGUCUCGUGAAUAUCAGCAGUGGCGACAUCGUGGACGGCAAUCCGAAGCUGGUGCUCGGCCUGGUCUGGAGUAUCAUCCUGCACUGGCAAGUGCAUUAUCACCUCAAGGAGCUGAUGUCGGAGUUGCAGCAGACAAACUUGGAGAAGACGCUGCUCGCCUGGUGCAGAACACACACACAAAACUAUUCGGACGUCAACGUAUCGAAUUUCACGACUAGCUGGUCGGACGGACUCGCAUUUAAUGCUCUCUUGCAUAGGUUCCGGCCACAUCUGUUCGAUUUCUCUGAGCUACGUUUGCGUCCAGCGGCAGAACGCUUGGAACAUGCGUUUGCGCUGGCGCAAAAACAUCUCUUCAUAGAUCGCCUACUGGAUCCGGAAGAUGUAAAUACCCCAAACCCAGACAAGAAGUCUAUAAUGAUGUAUGUGAUGUGCCUGUUCCAAUCUCUUCCGCAUUGCACUGACGAUGUGGCGCAACUGGAUGCUGCGAACGGUGACUCCUUACAGACUGACAACGCUGAGGGUGGAUCAGAAAGCGUAGCGCCUUCACGGCCUUUAUCAUGUGCGACCACUUGUUCAGUGGAGCUUGGUGCUUAUGGUGGUGCGUUAGAGGAGGCUCUAACGGCGUUACUUGACGGCGAGGAGAGGCUCGCUGCGCAUACGCUUCCAGAUCCGUCUCAGUGUCCACAUCCUGGUCAGCAUCUCGCUAACCUUAAGGAGCAUUUCCAUACACACGAGAAAUUCCUCUUGGAGUUGUCGGAACAGCAAUGUCGCGUGGGCGCCGUACUUGAGGAAGGUGCUAGGCUGAUUCGAGACGCGGCCCUGUCCAAGGAUGAAUCAAACGAGGUGCGCCUACAAAUGCGGUUGCUGAACGAGCGGUGGGAGCAGCUGCGAGUGUCAGCCAUGGAGAGGCAGAGUGCGAUACACGCCGAACUCAUGCGCGCGCAACACGAGUAUCUUAACACUUUCCGGCAAUGGUUGACCGCCACAGAAGACCGCAUGUCGCAUAUGGAAGCAGAGGGUGGUGAAGACGCGGAAAGCGCGUUGACCGCUGCACGACAGUUGCACGCGGAUCUACGCACGCAGCAACCGCUCGUAGACGCGCUCGCGGACUGUGUGGUUGUUGUCGACGACGAUCACGAACACGACAAGGUAACGGAAAUAGAGGAUCAGCUGCGAGCACUAGGCGAGAGGUGGUCUCACGCUUGUCAAUGGACUCUCGACAGAUUGCAACGAGCUCAAGAUGCGUACGCGUUGCACACGACUAGCGCAGAUCUGUACCGAGCUGCAGAUACGCUUGAGCAGGAUCUUAAACAGAUGGAAGCUAAUCCGGCGAGCGAGAUCGGUGAGGUGAUAUCUCGUAUCGGUUCAUUGCAACGAUGCAAACAGGCUCUUAAGGAAACCCGCGCAGCGCUCGUGCAGCACCUGCAACAAGUACAGUUGGCAGGUGUAGAAGGACAGCUAUCGGAACGCGGUGAAGAAUUACACGACAGGCUAGAUGCGCUAGAGAUGAUCUUGCAAGUGCAAUUACAUCGAAUCAGGGACCUCGGCUUCGAACUGGACUUGACGGACGAACCUCCCGUUUCCAAUGCGACAAGCACUUCAGUAACCGUGUUCAGUCAUGAACAGAAAAAGCCAAGGUUAGAACGCGCAGGUGACUUCCAAGCGGGAUAUCGCGCUUUCGAAAGCUGGGCUGAUAAUGCUGAGAAAGCACUGAAACAGUGUAAGGAGAAACUGGAGAGUGAAUGUGCAGCGCGUGACCGCGAACAGAUUCUAAGUGUCGUGCAACGAGUACAGAAGGAGAGCGAAGAACAACGUACCGACUUCGCCAAUGUUGAGGAAAUUCAGAUCCGCCUCGCUGCCGACACUAGCCUUAGAGAAGAAGCACAAAGACACUCUGAAAGCAUCGAGGCACUAAAACGUCGAUGGGAAGAAAUCCAACGCGGUCUCACCGAUAUCCGAAACGCAAUUAACCUGCUAGAAGACAAAGAUUCUUUCUACCGGAACUUACGUCUUUUGCAAACUGAUCUGCAAGACGUGUCCACUUGGCGUGAUCGGACCCAGUCGGAUAAGCCUAGUAACAAUCACCUCAUACAUCUACGGAACAAAAUGCGUCUAAUGCGGCAGCUGCAAAUCAAACUGAAGGAACUCAACGCACAAUCGAUCAUUCUACUUACGAAACCGAUUCCGAAAUGUCACAAGGACUACGUCGAAACGGACACUAAACGAAUCAACGAAGAAUUCGAGGAGCUUUACACGUAUCUGAGCAAACGUGAAGUGGAAGUUAAGCUGGCCAUCAACAAGAAGCCCCUCGAAACAAACGAAGACGAACACAACAUGGUGCAGAGGAGGAUACAGGAUAUGGAAGGCCAGAUUAUAGCUGAACAUGCGAUUAUAUCCUCGAAGGAGGAAAUGGAGAAGAGAUUGGUGGAGUUAAAGCGGCUGCAGAUAAACUUCGAAGAGAUCCAAUCGUCUUAUGAUAAAGUUGUGCGGGAAAAGAAGCAAUACGAGAGAGGGAGUGUCGAAGAGCUAAAUCUGAGGAGCAGCCUUGAAAACCUAGUAACCAGGUUUACAGACUCAAAGACGAUAUUAGAGCAGAAAAUACAAAAAUUACAGAGAGGUAUAGAACUGCUAGACACAUUAGAAAAAGAGUCAAAUGAAGUUAAGGUCUGGGUCCAGCAGGUGCAACAGUUUGUGGACAAAUACACUACUGUGCCUCUCGGUGACGUCACGGCGCUUGAAAAGAUACUAAUUGACAGCAACAAUCUCGAUGAAGACAAACCGAAAUAUAGAUCAAAGUUAGACAACAUUGAGUCAAUAAAGAACACCAUACUGGAAGACUGCGAUGAGAUGCUGUCAAAAUCACUAAAAACAGAUACAAAAGAGCUACUAAAGAGAUUCAACGAAGUAACUACAUCCUCGUUUAAAUUAAAUGAGUCUUUACGAAGGGGCCUGGAGAAGACUGAGGGAAUCUUUAGAAACAUUGAUAAUGUGGAACAGUGGUUACAAGACAUAGAGAAUGAGAUACCGAAAGAAGACGAGUGCACGAUCAGAGAUUCUGGUGAGCUCUACCAGAUGAAAACCAGAUUUCAGACGCUCAAAGACAAGUGUGACGACAAGACUGAAGAGUUUCGGGGGUUGAACGAGGCUGGCAAUGAUAUCCUGCUGGUGGCCGAAGGUGGCGCAAGCGGUCUGGCUCGGCGUCUCACUCAUCUCAAUGCGGUUUGGACGCGGGUCACUCACGCCAUUUACGAGAGAUACAAGGUACUCGCGGAAGCCUGGCACGAAUCUGGUGAACUUCGUGCUUGGCUGGCACAACAAGCGGCGUGGCUGGAUGGCCUUCAACGUCGUCUACGCACGUCGCCCGCACGCGCUGACGCCGAGGAGAUAUCCGAUGAACUCUAUGACCUUGAAAACUAUAUGGCCAAUCGCAGCGAAGAGCGGGUGGAGCGAAUCGAGGCGAUCGGGCGGCAAUUGAUCGAAGCGCACAUAAUGCCCGGCUGGAUCCAACACGAGCUGGACACCAUAACGGCUCGAUGGAACACCCUGCGGGAGCAGGCAGCGGCCCGCGCCAGUGAAUUGGAGGCGGCGGCGAGCGAGGCGGCUCGCAGUGAAGUCGCCCUGGACAACCUUCACCAAUGGGCCGGGGCAGUGCGACGCACGACGCCGCCCACACGCCUGGCAGCCGAAUUGCUCGUGCACCGACAGGCACUGGUUACUGUUCAGGCACAAGUGGAAGUGCAUCGUGAUGCCGGCCGACAAGAAGCCGCGAGCCGACUCUUCGAUCAGUUAAAACUGGCUCAGGGUAAACUGGAUGAAAUAGAAGAGCAGUUCUUAAACCCAAGACAGGAAGAAACGCCAGCUCGUGUUGAGGAGAAGGUUGAAGAAGAAGCGGAAUGCUCGCGCGUUGCGGCCCGGCUGGAGGCUGCUUCAUCGGCACUGCGUGAAGUACAGCAAGAUGCAGCUGAAUUGGCGCUCACCGGUGCAGAGCCGGAUGCUGUACGAGCGCAGCUGAGGAGGUGCCUGAGGUUCUACAGAACUCUGAGCGAGAUAAAAUCCGAAGUUGAAUCUAUCAUUAAAACGGGACGAAAAAUGGUCGAAGAGAAAGCUGUCCCCGAACCGAACGAAUUUUCCAAAAAGAUAGACACAUUAAAAGAACUGUACAACAAACUCGGUGCUCACGUGACGGAGUCUAAGACGAGACUGGAGACGGCACUGUUAUCCGCCAGAGAGAUACAAAACGACCUACAAACCGUGACAAACUGGCUACAGGGUCUCAGCCACGUCGGCCAGCAGACCCUCGAGCUGGAAAUGUCUCGGAUGGAAGCCAUAAAGGACAAGCUGAACGGGAACUACGUGCAAUUUACGCAGAUAUGUGACCCAGUUUACCUAGAGAACCUGCGCGAUCAAAUCGAGGAAAUCAACAACCGCUGGACCCAGUUGAAGCGGCAUGGUCUCUCCAAGCGUGACGUAGACGCGGAAACAAUGCAAAAAUAUCUCAACGAUGUUGAACGCCAACUUGACGGUUCAGAACCCUUAUCCGCUACUAAACUCAGUCAAAUAAGUAGUCAUUUGCGAGCGAAGGCUACCGACGUCGAGGCUUUGGACAACAAGGCGCUAAGCAACCACUGGACGAAGAUCACAGAAAAAGUCGCUGCUAAACAGUCUAAAGAUGACGUUAUUGUUGAAUAUGAGAACGUAACAGACACUAUCAAGAGACGCCUAGAGAGUCCGAUUAAUUCUCCCGAUGUCGAAAGACCCGAGUUCAAGAAGUCUAAAAUACCCCUGGCUUUGAAAAGCCCAGUUCCUGUUAAAAAAGAGAUUCAAGAAGGUGGAAACAGAAGUAGGGGAUCGUCUUUAGAGAGGAGAGUCAAAAAAGAUGACAGCUCGAUGUCAGAAAGUAUUAUAAGCACCAUGUCAGUGGAUUCCAUUGAAGGUUCUAUUUCAGCAUCACCUUCUUUGCCUUCCACGCCUGGAACGCCGAAAAAAGACAGUAGCACAUUUAAUUUGUUAAAGGAUAGUGACUUAUUUACUCAAAUAUCUAAAAAUAGAAUCGAGACUAAACCUGCUGUAGAAAUAAAAAAAUCAAAAGACUCGUGCCAAGUAGUUGCAGUAACAGAACAUGAAAUCAUGAAGUCUACGGUCAGUCCUAUAGAGCCAAUGGAAAUUUACCCGUCAGAUACAGUCGAAACAGUCGUCGAGUUUAUACCCCAGACUGUGGAGACAGUCGAAAUCAUUUAUGACACCGAGGGCGAGUCUGCCGGAGACUCGGAUGAUGAAAAGUUUGAUAAUGAAAAAGAUCACGGUCGUCGCUCAGUUGACUUAGGUUCUGAGCCGAAAACCUUUGUCGUCGAAGUUAGGAAAUUCGACGAACGUAUGAAACCGACUUUAGGAAUUUUGAAACAUAGAAGUAGUAGCGAAGAGAAAAAGAAGACUGUUACUGUCAACGAAAUUCCCGACUUAAUUCCGAGCAACGACAACGAUGUCUCAAUGAAGACGCCACCGCCGACACCGAUGGACGAAUCGGAAGCGCAGGAAUGUCCACUUUUGUACGACUUAGUGUUACGUCAGAAAGAAGCGCAGAAGAAUUUGAUGCGGGACGAAGUCAACGAGUACCUGAUACUUGACGAAGUACCGAAAGAGCUGGCUGCUCUGCCGGAGCCAUCAGCCACGGAAACAAUGUCCGGGGAGGCUGCAACAGUGGUAUCGAAUAAAGGGGAUGACAACAAUUCCACCGAACAAGCAGCAACGGUCGAAAAACCCGUCGUUAAUGAAGAUGAUGUUAUCUAUUCCGAAGUUGAAGAUAUGAACUUGCAACAGGUGCGUCUAAGCUCUGCUGAUUUCGAAGAAAAACGCCCUAAAGCGACAUCGACUCCCAUUAAAGAGGAGAAAAAACCACCAGUACAGGUCGUGGCCAUGUCGCCGAAGAGUCAAGAGAAUCAAGACUCGUCUUUUGCGACCGAAAUCGUAACUAGCGAAAAAUAUCAGAGGACCGACGAUUACGCGCAGGUUUCAGAGAAGAGUGAACCUGAGGUGGAAUGCGAAGAAGUGCCAACGUGCAUCCGGUCACGGUUCGGAUCUGCUUGCGAUGGAGCCUUGGAGCAAUUCGAAUUGGAUGCGCAAAAGAUGGCGCGCCGACUUCACGUUAUGUUACUUACGCUUGGCGGCGUGAGCUGCGAACGCGACCCUGCUAAGAGGCUAGAGAUCCUGAAGAAUCAGUUGGGGGCGAUAGCACCAGACGCUGCUGCACUAAUAUCCCGCGGCGACAGUUUGGUAUACGAGACGCACGCGCAUGAUCCAGCGCUAGCGGCGCAUUUACAAGCUCAUUUGACGGAUCGUCUGCGCGACAAGUGGGCGCUUGUAAUAUCCGAGAUUGAGUUGAAACGCAACGCUGCGAUAAAGGCCGAAGACGAUGUUAAGGAACUGACUGUGGUAAUUGACCGGUUGCGAAGCUGGCUGAAGGAUUUCCACGCGGACACCAAUCGAACGGACAUAGCUGACGCAGAGAACGACUACGAGCGCGUGCAAGAGUUGGUGCGAGACUUGCGCGCUCAGAAGGUGGCCUUCCCAGAACGGGCGGCCGCUGAUGUCACGACGGCCUUCUGUUGUGCUCGGGACAAGUAUGAAACGACGAUUAAGAAGGAUAAGAAGGGAAAGCAGGAUACCGAGAGUGCCGAUGCAGUGACGCGAAUCAAUCGUGCGCGCGAGCUCGUAGCGAGUGUGUCGGCGGCUUUGCGAUCGCAUCCUCUGGGAGGACGAGACUUUGACGAUUUUCCGUUGCAGGAGGAUGCUCUUGCUCGAAUAAAAUCAUCGAUGGCCGAAGCCAAUAUCGCGGUCGAGGAAGCGGAAAACGCACGCCGAAGAUGUGCAGCAGAGCGGGUGCGGCGCGUUGCGGACAAAUUGCGUGACGAGUGGGCCGCAUUGCAGAGCGGCUAUCAAGAUAGAUACGAAAGAUGGAGCAAUUGUCAAAGCAAAUGGGCGCGACUGUACGCGGCGCUGGAGAGUGGAGGCGAGAAACUUGACGCCAUAGAACAAGAGUUAGAUGAACAGCCCACAGAUAUUGAGAAAUUGAAGCAACUGCAAGAACGGGUGUGUGAGGCGACGCGCGGUGCUUCCGAGACACAUGCGUUGGGACGUGGGGUGGUCCGCGCGUGUAGUGGGGCGCUGGCGCGAGACAUUCUAGAGCAGCUGGAUGCGGUUCGGCAGCGGGCAGGAGCAGCACAACAGCGUGUGUCGCGCGCGCUCUGUGUCGGUCGCGCGUCGCACGCGGUUCGGGAGGUGAAAGCCUUGCUGCUGUCCAGCUCUGCCAACCCCUCCGAUCGCACCACCCUCGCCGUCCGGCUUUCUCUAGUCAAGGCUCGUGAAGAAGAGUUAGCUGCUAGCGCGCGGGAGUUGCAAUCUGACAACGACAGAAGUCGCGCUCUCACUACUGAUUUGCAGCAGGCCCAAGAAAAGUUGUCGGCUCACGGUGAAUACGUACGCAGCAAGCUGGCGGCGUUGGACAAGUAUACUGCGCGCCUGGAGGCGGCGCUGACCUGGGCGAUGGAGACCAGGGCACGCCUGGCGUUGCCCAAGGACUUGGCUGAUGCCAGGCCGGACGAUAUACUGACGUCGAUAAACGAGCACGAGACAGAAAUGCGAGAGGUGUUAGAAAACUACAAAAACUUGGAGCGUGAAUGUGCAGCUGCUCGCCAAACGGUCUCUCCUGAGCUCAGAGAACGUGUGUUGCGCCUGCGCACCGAUUGGGACCACAUCCGCGCCUGCGCAGACAACGAAAGAGGCAGUCGCGGGGGUUCCCGGCGUCGUUCUUCGCAGGGCCCGCCAGCUUCGGCGGCUCUGCUGGCCACCUUCGAUACUAGUGUGCAGCAGAUCCGCGAUUGGGUGUCCGUUGAAGUGGAUAUGUUGCGGGCCCAGCCGGUCGCUGUGGGCGACGUUGAUGACAUUCUACAGCAGCUUGAUAAACAGAAGGGUGUGCUGCGAGAGCUGGAACAGAAGAAACCACAGCUUGAUGAACUCCUCCACACGGCGGAAAGCCUUAAAGGCACGGAAAACAGACAACAGCUUCAUGGGAAAGGUGAGUUUUAG